AUGACCAAGAAAGAGAUUGAACAAACAGCAGCCCAAAAAUUAUCGAAAGUUGGUUCGUUUACAGCAGGCGGUCUUGCUGCUUGCAUUGCAGUGACAGUUACAAAUCCCAUCGAGAUGAUUAAAACUAGGUUACAGUUACAAGGAGAAUUAUCUUCAGCGGUAUCAGCACAGGCGAAUCACAUAUAUCGAAAUCCACUGCAAGCAUUUCGAGUGAUUUUCAAGAAUGAAGGUAUAAGAGGCCUACAAAAAGGUUUAUUUGCUGCAUAUUUUUAUCAAAUUGGUUUAAAUGGUUCAAGAUUGGGAUUUUACGAACCUAUACGGAAAUCGCUGAAUCAAUUCUUUUAUUCAAGCAUUGAACCACAUAAAGUUCAAAAUGUCACUAUAAAUGCUACCUCUGGUGCCAUUUCUGGGGCAAUUGGUGGUGUCGUCGGAUCCCCCUUGUAUUUAGUUAAGACGAGGAUGCAAUCGUAUUCUAAUAUAAUCAAGAUGGGUGAUCAAACGCAUUAUUCUGGUUUAUGGCAUGGAAUUACUGCAAUCUUUAAAGAAAAUGGUAUAAAGGGCCUAUUUCGAGGAGUUGAUGCUGCUAUCCUAAGAACUAGUAUUGGUUCUGCCGCACAAUUACCUACUUAUAAUGCAACAAAAAAUUUCUUCAUUCGAAAUGAUAUAAUGAGAGAUGGGCCUGGCUUACAUCUUGCUUCCAGUAUGGUUGCCGGAAUUGUUGUUACGAUCAUUAUGAAUCCGUGGGAUGUCGUUUUGACGAGAAUAUAUAAUCAAAGAGAUAACAGGUAUAAAGGACCAAUCGAUUGUAUGGUUAAAACUGCCAAAGUGGAAGGAAUAUCUGCAUUAUAUAAAGGUUUUGACGCACAUUUGCUCAGGAUGGCACCACAUACAAUUAUCUGUUUAACCGCCAUGGAACAAACAAUGAAAUUUGUCUAUUCCAUUGAAAGUAGGAUUCUAAAACCUUAG